AUGUCCGAUGGCUGGACAGAGGGGAAAAAGCGUCAUCUUAUUAACUUUUUGGUGAAUUUUCCGAAAGGGUCAGUUUUCUUGAAGUCCGUAGAUGCGUCAAACAGAACCAAUGAUGCUGAUUUCAUACGUGAGCUUGUAAAUGAGGAAAUUGAUGAUGUUGGGAAAGAAAAUGUAGUUCAGUUCAUUACCGAUAAUGGUUCAAACUUUAAAAAGGCUGGGAAGGAUUUAAUGCUUGAAUACCCAAAUCUAUUUUUGACUCCUUGUGGUGCUGAUUGUGUCCAGUUGAUGCUAGAAGAACUUGGUGACAAGCUUACACGAAUCAAGAGAGCCGUCAUUCUAGGUAAAAGACUUGUUACAUACAUUUAUGCUCAUUUUCAAGUAUUAUGCUUAAUGAGGGAUUUGACAGGUAGAGACUUAUAUAGGUCUACAAAGACUAGGUUUGCAACUCAAUAUUACACACUAGAAAGUAUUCAAAAGUAUAAAAAUCCUUUACAAAUGAUGUUUGUGAAUGAUAGAUGGGCAAAAACUAGAUUUUCAAAAGAAAAUGUUGGAAUUAAUGCACUUAAAAUUGUCACAAGUAGUACAUUUUGGGAAUAUGUUGAUUACUCUUGUAGAGUGCUGAAGCCUUUAUUUAAGGUUGUAAGGUUAGUGGAUAUUGAGCGCAAACCUACAAUGCCUUCUUUUUAUGAUGCAAUGAGAAUAGCAAGGGAUCAACUAGAGGAGAAUUUCAGAGAAGAUGAUGAUACUUGGGCUGUAAUUAAGGCUUGCUUUCAGAAAAGAUGGAAGAAUAACUUUAACCAUGCUUUACAUUGUGCGGCCUACUAUUUGAAUCCUUCUAUAUUCUACAAUAUUGAACCUUAUGAAAUGGACAAUAAUGAGAAGUACAUAGAAAUCAAAAGGGGGCUUCAUAAAGCAAUGGGAAGGCUUAUACCCAAUGAAGAUGAACUUGAUCUAGCUACAGGUGAAUUGAUAAAGUAUACUGAUGUUGUUGGGGUCUUGGGAACUCCGCCUUGCAAAAAAAGAAGAACCAAGGAUCAACCUCGAAUCGAUGCGCCAAACCUACAAAAAUUUGCAAUCAGAGUACUGAGUCUUACUUGUUCUGCUUCUCCAUGUGAGCGAAACUGGAGCACAUUUCAAAAUUUGCACUCGAAAAAACGAAAUUGCAUUAAACAGCAGAAACUGAAUGAUAGUGUCUUUAUCCAGUACAAUAAGAAAUUCAAGCGUCGUUACAUAGAAAUCCAAAAAUAUAACGAUGAUGAUAAAGCUCAUGAUCCUAUUUUCCUGGAGGACCGUGAUGAAAAUGAUGAAUGGUUGGCUUUAGAAAAUUUGCAUGACUUGGAGGUGGAAGGUGAUAAUGUAACUUUUGGUGAUUUGCAAGAAACAGUUGGUGAAGAACGUGGGAUAGUUGGUAGUAUAGGUGCCUGUAGUUCUCGAGGCAAGUCUACGUUUCCAACUAACUCGGAAUACGAUGGAUAUGAUACUGAUGAUUUGAUGUUGGACACCGAAAGAGGGCUACUCGGUGGUGACGGGAACGAUGGAGUUACUCCAGAUGAUGAUAUCUAUGCUGAUUCAUCCUAUAUUGAUUAG